AGAGCUAAAAGCCCAAGAGAUACCAACUAGUUGGCCUGAAUGAAAAUAGAUUUAGCCAUCCCCUUCCAGGACUCUUGUGCUCAACCAGAUACUUUCAUUUGGGGCUUUUCUAGUGAUGGCCUUUUUAAAUCUAAAUCUGCUUAUUACUUAUCCAAAAACAUCGCCCGGAGUGAUGACUCUUGGUCCUGGAUCUGGAAGAUUCAUACUUUGCCUAGAGUUAAUUACUUUGUUUGGCUAUUGAGGCAUGGGAGAUUGCUGACAUUUGAUACGCUUUUUAAUUGGGGUAUUAGCGAGUCUAGCAUUUGCCCAAGAUGCCAUCAAACUGUUGAAACUAUUAACCACAUAUUUAGAAAGUCUAAUUUCUCUAAAUCUUUGUGGGAUCUUCUUACUCCGUAUCCCAUUAAUACUCUCUUUCAUGAUACUAAUUUUAAUGACUGGGUUUUUGCUCAUGCUACCUACUCUGAUACUUCUCAACUUGGGGAUUGGAGUACCUCUUUCUCCUUCAUUACUUGGUCUAUCUGGUAUUUCCGGAACCAACUGGUUCAUGGUGGAAAAAGCUUCUCUAUCGAUGUGGCUAGAGACUUUAUCCUGUCAAAAAUUGAUGAGUUCAACCAAAUUCAUCAUACUGCAUCUAAACCAAAGACUUCUACCACUAUCCUUAUUGGAUGGACUCCCCCCCACCCUCCUUCUGGGGUUAUAAAGCUAAACACCGAUGGUUCUGCUAUUACAAACCCAGGUGCUGCUGGUGCAGGAGGGGUCUUUAGGGAUGAGCUUGGAAAUUGGCUGCUUAGUUUUUAUUGCAGCAUUGGGUUUACAACGAGUCUAUCGGCAGAGUUGUGGGCUUUGAGAAAUGGCCUCCGGCUCGCUGUUGAUAGGGGUUAUUCCAAUCUUAUUGUUGAGAUUGACUCUAGGAUUACAAAAAUUCUCUUGGAUUCUGCUAACUCUAAUUUUCACUCACUUGGGGUCUUGAUCGAUGACUGCAGGGCUAUGAUGUCUCAAAUCCCCGCCCUUCAAAUUAAUCAUAUUUACAGGGAAGCUAAUGCUCUUGCAGAUGGUUUGGCAAAAAAGGGUGCAAAGUCGGAUUCUUCUUUUGUUGCUCUUGAACAAAGUCCCUCCGAACUUUGUAAUUUGCUGUUUUCGGAUUGUAUUGGGACUAUGUUUCCCAGGAACAUUGUAAUGCGUUAAGUGUCAAUGUUAUCUCUAAUUACCAAAAAAAUAAAAAGAAAAUAGAUUUGUUGUUUUAGAUAAAAUUUCAAAUUUGGUUCAUGUAAAUGAAGAAAUAAAUUUUGAAAAAAUGU